AUGGAGAGAUUUUCCUUUCUGAACUUUGUGAGCAGCGAGCUCUUUUACAACCUUGUUUACUUGGUUCCUCAGGUUUUGCAACGAGGUGGCCUUCUUAGACGAGAGAAGUUUUGCGAGCCCAAGUACGACAUGUCGGCGAGUGCGGCAGCUGAGCCGGAACAAGCCAGGAGAACGGCCCGGCCCGAUGGAUCGCCCAUCCGGCCCCGGUCACCAUCUGGUGCAACGACCCCUCCGUAUGGGGAUGGCCUGGACGGCUCAGGAGGAGCGGCCAAGCGCUAUGCCGACUUCAGAAUGGAAGCUGCGCCCCGCUGGGAUGGAGAACGACCUGAGAGCCAGUACCGGGAGUACGCCCGGAACCUCAGAAUGUGGCUGGUGGAGGCUUUGGAGAGGCUGCCACCAACCUUGGUGGGGAAACGAAUUGUUGAUUCGAUUCCCUAUGGAAGCCGCCUGUCUGCAAGCCUGUCCCAUCUAACGGUGGAACAGAUAACGGCUCCAGAUGGCUACAAGGAGAUCAUUCGGCUGAUUGAGGAGCAACAUGAGUACCUCAAGGUGGCCAAGCUGGAGCAGGCCUUCUCCGAGGCGAUCUUCCGAGGGCGGCGCCGACAAGGCCAGACUACAAGUGGUUUCUUGGCCACGAAGAAGGCGAGCUUUGCCGAGUUGAAGAAGCAGGGGCUGGACUUAUUGGCCACCGAGGCAGGAGAGCACCUGCUCGGACACUUGGUGCUGCGACAAGGCGGAUUUUCUGCGGACCAGCAGCAGAGGAUCAGGGUGCUCACGGAUGGAAGUAUUCAGUUCAAGCGGAUUGAAGAAGCGAUCCGGAAGAUCUUUGGAGAUGCCGUGGAUGAGGCACCGCCUGGACGAGUUUACUGGGGCGAGGGAGAUGAGGAUCCAGAUGGCUACUUCGAGGACGGUCCCUACGACCAGAGCGGCGGCGCCUACUACCAGGAUGAAGCUGAACAUGGCACCGGGAGCGAAGCCUUUUAUGGGCAAGGCGCGGAGGAGGAUGUGUUUGCAGAUCUGCUGGAGAUGGAUGACUCCGGCGAGGUGUAUGUUUGCUUGCAGGAGCCCUUGCCACAGAUGUUGGACGAAGCUGAGGCAGUGGAGUAUGCCGGCGAGUUGAUGAACUACGUCUUUGGAGAAACGGCCGAGCGAUGGGCUUCGAAGGGCAAGGGAAAGGGCAAGCGUCCAAAGGGCAAAGGCAAAGGAAAGGGCAAGGACUACCCGGCUACCAAGGAAGGCGGCAAGAACACCAAGGGCUUCGGCGUCUACGGCACUGGAACAUAUGCUGACCAUCGACGAGCUCUGCAAGAAGCCCGGACGAGCCGCGGGUUUAGUGGUCCUCGGGGCGAGUACCAGAAGCCCCGAACUUCCCUGCAGGACCUGAAGAACCGCAGCCCGUGUCACCAGUGUCAUCAGAUUGGGCACUGGAGCAGGGACUGUCCCCAACGUCGUCGUGCCCCGUCCUUGGCGAGCUCGAGGCCCAAUCCUCCAGGACCGAGUACAGGACAGCGAGGCCCUGCCGGACCUUCGGCAAACAUGUUCUUUAUGAGCGAGCCCGGGUCUCCCAUGGAGCAGGACCUAGGCAUGUUCUGGUCCCAGGAGCUGGGCCCUGGACCGCAGGUCUUUGCUACGUUUGUUGAUGAGAUGCUGCCAGAGGCGGUUUGUCAAUCUGACCUCGAGACCUGUUCCGCUGCGAGUGCAUACAUGAGUGAAGCCAUAGGUGAGAGUAGUGCUCUGCUCGACACGGCCGCGCAGCACGGGUUAAUCGGGGAGGAGACGUUGCACAAGCACGACCAAAUCCUUCAACGGGAGUUCCAACUGCGGGUCCAGGUGACGAACGAGGAUGGGGGAGUUGUGCGUGGGGUGUGUGGCGCGGAACAGAUCACCAAAAUCGCGUACAUCCCAAUCGGCUUGGGGUCCAAGGCUGGGGUUCUCAAAGUGCAGGUGGUCCCCGGAAACGUCCCAUGCCUCCUGCCCGCGUACCUCCUUACCAAGCUCGGUGCAGUCAUUGACAUGUGCAAUUUGCUGGUUGUGUACACGGAAGCAAACACGUUCCAGUUCAUGAAGCGUCGCUUGAGUGGUCAUGUCGAGGUCAAUAUCUGUGAGUUUGGGAAGCGAUGGUGUGUACCCGAAACAUAUACCUUUCUCAAGAGUGAAGUUUGGGAUCAGGGACCGCUCCCGACACCCCUUUCUGACCUCCGCGUGACUGUCGUGAAUGGAUCGGGUCAAACUCUCCCCAUGCCUUCGUCGAUGGCGUGCUUUCGCAACCUCGACAUCGAGGACUCCGGCGACUUGCUGCCCAACGGGAAGCUCUCGAGCAACGAGCUCUUCGUCUGCAACAACAAGAGGCAGCACUAUUGGCACAGGAAGCAUGGGGCCAACGCCGAAUGGAGCUGGAGUCGAUGCACGACAUGCGGGGAGAUCGAGCAAAUUCCGAAGAUGGAGAUAUCCAGGAUGAGCGAGUGGAACUCCAUCAUGAUCUACCGUCGACCCGACUACAAGACGCCACUUGCCAAGAAGGCAGAGAAGGCCGAGAAAGCCGAACAGAAGAAGGUGCCAGGAACUCCGGGACUACCACCCUCUAUGGCGACGAGCUCGAUGGUGCCAACACUGCCUCUCCGGAACCUGAACCGGAUGGCAUUAGUCAGUGGACCCGAGCACCUGGAGAUUGGAACACCAGAUUCGGCGGCCUACCCCAAUUCGGAACGAGAGCCCGAGUCGGACCACGAGAACAUGGAGAAGGCUCUGUGGCAAAUGGAGGUGGACGGCCUUGGUGCGCAGGAGGUGGAGCCCCCUGCCAUGUGGCAGCCGUGCACCAUGUGCCCCAACGGGGGCCUGAACCUCAUGUACUACAACCAGCAGGCAAGGUUCAUCUGGAGAUGCUCCGGGGGAACUCAAGGAUGCCCACUGGCCUGGAUGGGACACCCCGAGAUGGAAUUGGCUCUGGGCAUCAAGCUAUGUGUGGGAUGUCAACAGGAGGCCCUCGAGACGACGGUCAUCCGAGGACGUUUGACACAUCGGUGCCCUCGCUGCCACGACACGACCCUCGCUUCGGAGUGGACGGAGGUGAUCAAGGCACACUUCCAGGCGGGUGGCUACAACCCCGAGGUCCCAGGGCUGCGUGACUUGAUGGACUACAACCGUACGAUUGCGUACUGGUGCACUGGGUCCUCGGUGCACGCAACAACAACUACCAGGGCUGCAAGCCCACUCGGAACGCGGGUAAUUGCUGCCGAGGCCGGGAAGGAACGAUGGAACAUCCUUGACAUCAACCGGUUUCCAAGCACACCAUAUGAACUACAAGUGGUGAUGACUACGUUGGUGGUGCAGGAGUUGGAACAAGAUUUCAUCGACUAUGUCAAGGAGAACGACUAUGACCCGGUGGAGGUGACAAUGGACAAGAAUGUGAAGAAAGACCUGGCUCAGGCCCUGGACAGGACUCUGGGAAAGAUGGAGCAGUACUAUGAGUUGUGUGAAGACGGGCUCGAUGAUGACGAGCCGGAGUCCUGGAUUAUCCCUGGUGGUUUUGAGGGUCCUCUGAGGACUUUGGAUGUGCCGGAAAGCCAGGGGAAAUACAUUCCAAGUGAGGUGGAGCUGAACUGGGUUGUCAAUGAAGUGGAGGAGCUGAAGAUGAAUGAGAACUGGCGCGAGUACUACGGGCAGGUGAUGUUCAUUACUCGGUCACCUUCCCAGGCAAUAAUUCCAUGUGUUGGCCCCGGACACCGAACGAUGCGAUGGACAGCCGGACGUGCUCCAGGGAGCAAUUGGAGAUGGCUGGAGUCCGGGACGACUGGAAGGCUACAUGUGGAAGCCCGGGACAUGGAAGUCUUGGUGGUUCUUUACCGGUGGCCCGUCCUCAACAACCCGACUUCCAUCGACGAUUCAAGCAAGAACGUGGUGUACGUGACGACCGAGGAGAUCACUCCUCGUGAAAAGGCAGAAGUACUUCGAGCACAUGUGAACUUGGGCCACCCGAACAAUCGGGAAUUUGUGCGCCUACUUCGAGCAGCCGGAACCAGGGACAGCGUUGUCCAGUAUGUGUUGCGAGAGUUCAGCUGUGCUGGGUGCUCCAAAGAAAGGCGGCCCCCGACACGUCUUCCCUCGGCGACGCCACGCACUUACGACUUUAACAUUGUUGUUGGGGUGGACAUUCUGUUUGUCUCCGGGAUCUCCGACAAGGCAGAACAUCCGGUUAUCAACAUAACGUGCCUUGGAACGUUGUACUCGACCUUUGGUCUCAUCGACAGCAGGAGGAGGAACUCAGCUCUGACUUGGAGCUGUUUCAACCGGCUCUGGUUACGAGUCUUUGGGGCUCCUCAGUGCGUGUUGUUCGAUGAGGGGAAGGAGUUCACUGGAGGCCCGUUUCAGGAUGGUCUGGAGAUGCAUGGCAUUCAGCCGGUAGAGAUCAACCGGAAAUCACCGUUCGAGCUUGGCACGGUGGAAAGACGUGGGGCUAUGUUCAAGGAGGCCUACUACAAGACACGUGAACUACGACAACCUCAAGACUUGGAAGAAGUGGAAGCUCUUAUCUUCGAGACUUCGUGGGCUAUCCAGACACUCACCAAUCGGUCUGGUUACAGCCCAGCUCAACGUGUGUUUGGGCGACAGCCUUCCCUGACCCUAGACAUGUUGACGGAUGGUCGCGAGUACGCUUUGAGCACAAUUUCCGAGGCUGCGUGGGAACGAGCCAAUGAGAUGAGGCAGGCAGCCCGGAAGGCAUUGAUGAGCCUUGAUGCCAAGGGCCGGUUGUCAAGGGCAAGGCUUGCGAGGCCCCGCCAGGAGCUUCAACGACUGGAGUUCGACGAAGGUGAGCCAGUCUUGGUUUGGCGUGCUGGCAAGCGUGGUGCUCUAGCCAAGGUUGGACCAUGCUACGUGGUGCUCCAACGGGGACACACAGUGUGGGUGUCGCGCCGUGGUGAGCUGUGGAAGUGUAACGCAGGACAAGUGUUCAAGUUGAGCACGGCAGACAAGGCAGGCCUGGAGGCCAUCCCCGAGGACUUACUUCGCGCCAAGGCCAGACUUCGCUAUGACUCCGAGAAGCUUCAGUAUGUUGAUGCGAGUCAAGAGGUGGAUGUGGGGUCCGAGGGACCCUCUGGUGGACGUGAUGAUGGUGACAGUGCAGCAGAUUCUGAACAGCGUCCAGAACCCACAGAAGUUUCAGUCUCAGGUGAUGGGACACAGCUGCGCAAGUGGGUCAGGUAUGAUUCAAAUGCCAAACGGUUCAGGACGUCAAACUCCCAGGGACCAAUGUGGUCAGAUGUGGUCCAGCGAGUGACCAUCGACAACAACACCAAUAAGAUCAUCAAGAAGGAGACGAUCACUGGUCGAGAACUACCUCGCAAUCUUCACAAGCCUCUUCCCGACCAUGUGAAGUCGAUCAAGACGAUCUUGGUGUACAAGAGACGGCAGGGACAUCCGGACCCUGGCGUGGACAUGUCAGACACCGAGCACCCUGAACAAGAGGGAGCUCCACAUGAAGACGCCCGACUCUUCGACCACCGGAUGAAGCGUGGAUUUGAGGAGGUGAGCGGCGGAGCUUCCGGGAGUAACAUCCCGCAGAGAUCAAAGAUCUUUGGCUCAUGGACGGCUGAUUUGAAGACUGCCAGCUGUGACCGAUCACAGCACCCGGUGAUUGCAACGAGCCGUGACCGCAAGCUCUUCGAGAAGAUCCUGUUUGCCGAUAUGGUGUUCCUUGAAAGCGAGAUUUAUGGGAACUUCGUGGGGCUCACCAAGAAAAGCGGAAAGGAACUCUCGGAGCGCAACUUCACACCGGAGGAGGUGGCCAUGUUCGACGCCGCCAAGGUGACGGAAAUCACCAACCUCGAAGGUGGGAAUGCCAUUGAGUUUGUCCCCACGAAGGAGGAGGCGGACCGCAUUCGAGCCGAGGAGGGUGACCGCAUCAUUCCGUCAAGGUUCAUCCUCACGAAGAAGGCUGGUGAAUUGGGCCAGGCCUGGAAAGCUAAGGCGCGGUGGAUUUUGUUGGGACAUCGUGACCCAGACGCUCUAGAGAUGGAGCGAUUCUCGCCAACACCUGCCACUCCAACGGUGAUGUUGGCCCUCCAGAUCAUCGCCUCCAUGAAGUACGCCCUGGUCAUUAUGGACGUGACCUCAGCCUUUGGGCAGUCAGAUCCCGAGACCCGUCCUCAAGGUCGAUUAUACGCGUCGCUACCGACAAGCGGCAUCCCUGGGAAACCAAAGUGGGCACUGAUUCGUGUGCUCACUGCGGUCUAUGGACUGGUGAAUGCACCGGCCAGCUGGCGCCGCACCGUAAGGCGGGUGUUGCUGGAGUUGGGGUACCAGGAAAGCGUCUUCGACCCCUAUCUUUAUUACCUCGAGUUUAACAAGGCAGAGAUCGACGGCGGAGCUCAUCGUGGCUGCGCCGGGAUCGUCCUUUUGGACGUAGACGAUUUCGUGCAAGGAGGAGGAGACAGGCAUCAAUCAUUGAUGCAGCGUCUGAAGGACCGCUUCAAGUUCGGCAAAUGGAGGUCCAUUCAUGGUGGCUACGGGGAAUACCUUGGCAGAACUGUCCGGCAACUGCCAAACCAUGAAAUACGUGUGGACAUGCAGCGGUAUAUCGCUGAAAAGCUUCGUCCUGUGAUGCUCUCCAAACAACGACUACAAGAUGGGGACGAUGCUGAGCUGAACGAGAAAGAGGUCAGCAUGUUGCGCGGAGCAGCAGGAUCGCUGCUAUGGGUCGGUCGCGAGUGCCGACCUGAUGUGGCUGCUGCAUGUGCCAUGUCGAUGUCAUGGGGUUCCCAAAAGCCAAAGAUUCGACACGUCAAGAUAGCCAACAAGGUGAUCAGCGAACUACAACGAACCCCUGAGGCCUACAUCCGAUUGUUGCCCAUCGAGCUGGACCAUGGAAUAUGGAUGAGCGUGUCAGACGCUUCCUUGGCCAAUGAUGAUGAAAAGUCUCAAGGUGGAUUCAUUAUUGCCUUCGCUGACCGCGAGAUUCUGGAGGGAAAGCUGGCCAGGACCAGCUUGAUAUGCUGGAAGAGCCACAAGCUCAGGCGAGUGGUGAAGGCCUCACUGGGUUCAGAGGCUUUGGCCAUGGACGAUGGACUUUCCGAGCUGGAGUGGCUGAGGGCAAUGUUUGCUGAGCUUUGCGUGCCAGAGGCCAAAGUGAUGGACAUGAGCCGCUAUGGCAAUGAUGAGUCGGUGGUAGCAGUCCGCCAACCAGACUACCAGGACGAGACCAUCCUCGUCACAGACGCCAGGGCUCUCUACGACUUGUACCAACGAAGGAGUGGUGCAGCAGGCUUGGACCGACGAGCCCAAAUUGACGUCGCGGUUCUGGUUACCUCGGCAAAGAUCCUGAAUGCCACGAUCUUUUGGAUUCCCGGCUCUUACAUGCUGGCCGACAGCACAACCAAAAGGCGUCAGGCCUUCAAAGCGUACCCGCCUCAGCUAGGAACGUCUGGCAACCUCCGAGGGCUUUUCCAAAGCUCUUUGGUUGUUGGAGUUGGCUCGGGGCCUGGACUUUCCUGGCAGGCCGUCAACACUCAGGUGGACAUGGAGAAGCCGGGGUGCACUCGCCAACGUGGCGCCCAAGAGCACCUGGCCGAGCUCGUCGCUGACACCCGGCAUGUUAACGAAGCCGUCAAGUGGGCGAAGAUGGGCAGGAUCCGUGGUCGCCGGGCUCUUAUGCAGAAGCACUGGACCUGGCGCCUCUUUGUGCUUCGUCAGGUCCUGUGCUCCUGCAGGCUUGCAGAAGCGCAGUCGCCGGGUGGAUCCCUUCCCGCAGAGUGUCUGGAGUUCGCCACGUGCUCGCGUGCACAGGGUGCAGAUUGGCAAGGCUUCAGCCGACAGGUGUGCCAGGCGGCGGAGCUCGAGCAGUCCAUGCAGCACCAGGCGGCUAUGGAGAUCUACCACGCGCUGAUGGAAAGUCACGCCUUGGAUGCCGGCAUUGCUUUGCAAUGCCGCAUGGGUGCUGCCACUGUUUUCUACAGACAGGGACGGCUCUACCUCCAUCUAGGCUAUCCCCAGCGGGCUUCCAACUUGUUCCAACUUGCGAUGAGCAUGUUCUGGGAUGCUUCUCGGGCCGAGAAUGGAAUGGCCUGCCUUCAGUACGAGAUGUGGGGCAUCAGGUGGUUCGACGAUUUCAUGGAGACCUACUUGAGAAAUGCCGCGAAUCUCCGGCGAAACGAUUUGAGCAUGCUGCCGCACUUGUCAGACCUCCAGGUGCCUCCGAACUAUCGUGACCCCUCCCUUCGCAUCGCGGUCUUUUCCUUGUGCGACUACGCGCCGGAGUCCCCGAUGCAUUGGCUGCUUGGUCGCUCCCGGCAGAACCGGGAAGCCUAUUGCUCAAGGCACGGAUACGGCCUGGAGUGGACCUCGCAGAGACCAGCGUCUUCGAAGGGCCGGCACCCAGUCUGGGGGCAGAUCGCCGGGCCGCUGGAGCUGUUGGGUGACGGCAGGUACGACUGGGUCCUGUCCAUGGACUGCGACUCCCUCUUCACGGACAUGACUGUCACCGUGGACUCUUUGCUCUACCGUUUUGCCUCGCGAGCGACUCCAUGGGGCAAGUUGGAGAUCGACCCCCUUGUGCACUUCCUCAUCUCCGAGGACGGCCGCGGCUUGGCUGGCGGGAACUGGAUUGUCCGAAACUCGCGUGAAGGGCGAGCCUUCCUAAGCGAGAUCUUUGGGCCCGACGAUGAGAGUCAGAACCCAUACAUGAGGCACGACCUGCGCGAUCAGUUUUCCCUGCUUUGGCACCUGGUGCGGCCUGGUGUUUCGGUGCCAAUGCCGCAGGAAGAAGCCGUGUCUAUGCCCCAGGCUCCCAAGAGCUGGAGUGCAAUCGGCUACCGGGAGCUGGCUCGGCUGGUUCCGCAGGAUCUGCUUCUGGGCUCCUACCCCUACGUGAGCUGCUCUCAGCCUGGUGAUCAGGCACAUCGCUGCUUCGGUGAAGGUCCCAAAGACAAGGACUUCAUCGUCUCUGUGCCGCUGUUGGGCGCGCUGCCCGCUCAGCUUGCACAAGUGCUUCUGGACCGUUUCCUCUUGGAGAGCUUGGGAUCUUUCGGACAGCCGGCAUACGAGCAGGAGCUGCGUGGCAUGUGCGCUUCCGUGGAUGUCUCGCGCUGCUUGGCCCGUCGGGGAGUCUGGGAGCCUUGCAGCGCGGUGAAAACGGCGGCAUUGGAGUGUGUGCCUAGGCCGAGCCAGUGUCGUUUGCACGAUCUUGCAGCUUGCAUUAAGCCAGUAAGCUUGCAGAACCUUCCCUGUUCUUGGGCUCCACCUCCACCAGCGCGGAGUGAGUGUAACGGGGCCACGAUGAUGUACGCAAAGCGUCCGGCCUUCUCGUUAACGAAUGGCAGAAGCCGCAAGGGAAAGGAGGGUUACAAGGAGGGCAAAGACAAAGCGACCAAGCUAGAGAAGGAGAUCAAACCACAGGUGAGAAGUAAGUCUCUCGCCGAGCUACUUGAGGCAGAAGAGAACGGCCAGGGCAACAAGCUGGAAGAGGCGCUGCUGGCGGUUUUCCGACUCAUCGAUGCUGACAGUGGCGGCUCCAUCUCGAAGCUUGAGUUCAUUGGAGCUGUCUACAGGCAUGCUUUGGUUGCCUCCUUCGUUUUGCAAGGUCAUGGCUUGUCCCCUGAACUGCAGAACGACCCUAGUGGUCAAGUGGCCAUCAACGAGCAGAGCUUUGAUGCUGUCGACGAUGUCUUCGACAGCAUGUCUGGGGGAAGUGCUCGGGUCAAAUACCCCGAGUUUGCAGCCUACUUCCGCAGAUUAGCAAAUGUCUGUCUAGCGGCACAGACAGAGGAGAAAGGCAUGAAAGAGGUCUUUGGCUCGCUUGAUGCUGAUGCCAACGGCUCUUUUUCAAAGCUCGACAUGGUAGCAGCGAUGCAGAGCAGCACGCGCGCGGCCUCCUACUUGCUCCCGGGUCUUGAUACCCGAAAGGUCUUGGAGGAUGAGCGCAGCUACGAUGCAGUUUGCUCGCUGUUCGAUCACAUGGCUGCUGGAAGGCAAUGUGUGCAAUGGCAGGAUUUCAAGACGUUCUGCCUGCACACGCGCUUCCAGAAGGCUUGGGAUUCCAGCCCUUCGACUACGUGCUCCAGCCCCCUGAGCCCUUCCAGCCCGGAAUCCUCGGACGAGAGAUCCAGCUCAAAAGUCCUGAUUAUAGCGCCCGGCUUCGGAAGGGAGCGACAUCCCCAACAAGCUGCCCUGCUGGCGAACGCAGGCUUUCAGAUGCACUGGUGCAGGGACCUGCCCGAGUAUGCAGACGAAGGUGCCAGGCUCAGCUACCAUGCUGUGGCCCCCUACUUGAACAAAAUCCGCGAUGAGAUAGUGAACGUACAGCCCCGUGUGGUGAUAGCAGCGUCACAGGGCGGAGCAUAUCUGGUCGGCUUAUGGCAACUCGGCUACUGGAACGGUCCCUCCGUGAUGCUGAACGCGCAUCCCAGCCUGCCGAUGCGGCUGCCGGCGGCGGCAUCCAUCGUUUUAGCACACGGAUCCAACGAUGAGGCCUAUUUGUGGAACCGCGGUGAUCUCGAGGAGCUGAUGACGACGGGGCCGGCGAACCGGUGCCUUUUGUACUACACUGCGAACAGUGGCUACUUGGCUUCCGGGUCCCUGACCCGACUCGGGGAUCGGCACGUGAUGGGUUCCAUCCUACAGAACAAUACCCUCCCGAGACUUGUCGAUGCGGCUUUGAGUUUCAUGGGCCCCGAGCUUCAUUUGAUCGAGAGUUGGAGGAACCAGCUUUCCGAGAGCCGCCUGGAGGCCCAGCAUUGGCUCGGCUACUCCUUGGAGCGGCUACGGCGCUUGUGGGCUUCGCCGGGGCGCUUGGGAAGGGAAACCUCCGCCCUCUUCCCGGUCUCUCCGAAGUCCGAGGAGUUUCGGAGAGUCCAAGCCAUCUUCCGGGCUGCGCCUGUGGAGCCUCCGGCCUACAUGCUCUCCUCGCAAGCAAGCUGGGAGCGUCUUCCCAUCCACAGGAUAGAGAGGGUGGAAAACGGAGGACAGAUGGAGUGCAGCACCAUCCCUUAUAGGGACGGUUUGAGGAACUCCCUGCGGGAGCAGGGGGUAGACUUUGAUCCUUCCAUCCAUGCUUGUUGGGCUUUUCAUGGUGCCGACCAAGAGUCGCUCCUGUCUAUCAUCAGAGAUCCAGUCUCCGGCUUUCAGCCCUUGAUUUCCGGGAGCCGCAACUCCCCGGUCUGGGGCUCCGGCACCUACUUCGCCAGGGACGCCAAGUACGUGGCAGACGGACAGUUCUGCCCGCGACAAAGGGAUGGCUCCAGAUGUAUGCUGCUUUGCCUGGUGAUGCUCGGCAUGCCGUGCCUCGGGGAUCCGAACCAGAAGGGCGUGCUCCCCUUCCGGCAGAAGCCUCAUCGGUACAACUCGGCGGUGGACUCCCUUUCGAGCCCAGAGGUCUACGUCACACAGAUGGUGGGUGCCGCCCAUCCGGCCUAUCUCAUCACCUUCGCAUGA